UGUCGCCGUAUCCUACUGUCGUUUUUCUUGUAUCUGUUUGGUUAGAAUUAUGUUAUUGAAGAUUGCAUUAUGAGAAUGGUGUAAACAUCUCAAACAGCAGAGUGGUAGUAUAUAAUUCGUAUAACCAGAGAUGAAAUAAGGUGGCAUUGGCGUCACGCGUUUGAAAAAUACUCAUCUACUUCAUUUGUCCCAGUAUUUGAGGGGUAAUGCGAGAAUACUAACAGGGUGGUAUCGACUCGAUUGAAUUACUACGAGAAAUCGGCGAUGAUGUUCGAUCGUGUGUUCGGGCCAUGAAUUCGAUUAGGCAUUGCGUGGCCCACGACGCGGAUAGCCUGUUUACCGUUUCGAUUUAGGAACUUGAUAUCCUCGACGUGCAGCGUGUAAUGAAAAUUGAACACAUUUGGAAUGGCAUUCCUUUACAUCGAUCGGAUAAAGAGCGAUUUUCAACGAUACGAUCACUGUCUCCCACGUAAAACAAGCUACAGAAGAUGGUGUCCGGAAAUUGUCAUAAAACGUCUAAGUAACCAAGGCUUUGACGAUUAUUAUAUUUCCAAAAAGUUUCCAGUUAAAAAGGACUGUAUGGAUUUCACACCUAAAAUACCAAAAAUUGUCACGAUCGGUUUAAAAUUGGAUCAUCAGAACAAUAAUAAUAAAAAUGCUCACCAAUUUUGGGGCAUAGCCAUUAUCAAGAAUAUUUUGAUGCGCUAUCUUAGCUUUAUUCACAGCAUUUGCAGAUAUAAAAGCAUUUCAUGGAAAACCAGUCACAACGUAAUUGGUAGUGAUCCGUGGUACGUUUUCUCCUUUUCUUACAACUCGGUCUUUUGCUGUACCCACACUUCGAAUCAUACAACGCUACAUUGCACACAUGUACAUUCACCACGCGACUGUGAGGUAUUACACAAUCGCAAUUUUUCGAAGAAACAUUCUUGCAAACUAGAGCCAUGCGACGAUGAGCGCAUCGAUCAGUGCCAAUUUAUAGAAAACACAAAGAAGAAAAAAGAUGCUUGUAACGAUAAUACGUUCGUUGCUGAUAAAAUCGAUAACAGACAAUCGGAUUAUACGGUGACAAAAUCUACUAAAUUCGUAUCGGAAAGCGAAUACAAUUCUCGUCGUACCACAUAUAACAGGUCUUAUAAUAAUCAAAUCGUAAAGACAAAGAAAAAUGUUUCUUGUCAAACGGACAGAUCGUAUCCUAUAAAAUCGGAAAAGCAUGUUAAACAUAAUCAAAAAGAAAAUUAUAGUUCAACGAACGCAUCGUCUUCUAAAGACAUUAAGACAAUCUUCGCGACUGACCGCGCGAAUUUCGAUAGCGAAAGGAGUAAGACAAAUUUAGAAUUGCUAGGAACUCGGUAUAUGAAGAAAAUAGCAUCGAGAAAACACAGAAGCAACACAACAGACAAAAGGCUGAGAAAAUACGAUACGAAGAAUUCGUCGAGAAUUUGUGGAAAAGAAAAUAAGUUUGUCAAACUUAAAAGACACGGAACGAUUAAAAAAAUUAAUUUAUUAUCAGAAACUUUCUUCGAUAGUAGCAGCGUGACAAAUUUCGCCAGUGAUAAUCUGACGAAAAUACUGCGAAAGUACAAUAGGAGAAAAGGAGCCUUGAUCGAAAACAAAAAGUAUGAUCUUCAAAGAAUGUUGAAUAACAGGAUGGAGAACAACGUCGAUAUAUCUGAAUCGACAGCUUGCAACGACACGUAUUUUAUAGAUAGUACAGACCGCGUAGAAGACGAAGAAGGAAUUAUGCUUGAAAAUUCUGUUCCCGUUGAAUCUAAUGUAAAUUCACCAGAAACUUCAAACGUGUCAUGGAAAUCGAACAAUUAUUUGGUCGAAGAUAAAACUUCCGAAGUGAUGAUCCUUGGAAACGUGAAGAAACGAUUGGAAGAAGACUAUGAUGAUUAUUUUUCGCUUCACGAUGACGAUCUUUUCCACGAUGCAGAGGAUUCAAAUGAUAUUUUAGAAAUAGAUCAACCUUCUACAGAAGUUACUACGAAUCAUUAUGAUUACUAUCGAUACACGUUAUAUAAUAUUUACUCCAACGAACCGAAAUCUAUACUGAUGGCAGCUUCGGCAACGAAGCACCAAAAAACAAAGCAAGAAUUGACGGAACAGUCAGUACAAACCUCCCGAAACUGUACAUCUUCCAUUCACAAAUUCCGUUUCUCAAAUUCGAACUUGAAUUGCAAUCACAGCUCGUUAAGAGAACAAGAAUGCAGUCCAAGCUCGUCGAUCGAGUAUUGCUCCGCUAGGGACAUUUCUUUAUCAAAGUUGCAAUCGUCCCACGACAAUUGUUUUUCAAACGACGUUUCGUUCAAAGACGACAACAUGUUCCAAGACACUAGGGAAUUUUUCGAUCACAUCCCAGUGGAUUGCUAUACUGUGAGCUGUUACCAACGGAACUCAACGCCAAACUUUUCGAAUUCGCCUAAAUUGAUCACCGAAUCUCUAGAUUCUGGAACCUUAACUGAUUGUUCACCUGAUCAGUUUCGAAUUACGUCGAACGAACGACCUAACGAGGAAAGCGAGAAGAAGGUUAGAGCGGAGUGGAAAGGUUAUGUGAGAAAAGUGGAUUUGCUGCCUACUUACGAUUUUGACACGGACAGCAGUUAUUCGGAUGAAUCGCUUAAUCGAAGAAUCGAUGUUGUGAUAAAAGAGUUCACGGAGAAUCUGAUUCUAAGUGAGAGAACGGCGAAGACGAAAUUGAGGAAGAUGGAAAAUUCUACGAGACACAGGCAAACGAGUAAACGACGGAAGAAUAGGCAACAACAGGCACAGAGGGUAAAAGGAUGCAUUUCAAAACGAAGCUCUACCAGCAAAUUCGAAUCUUCUCCGCGGCUGAACGACGAUGAUUGGGUCAUAAGUAGCUCCACGCCACCCUUGUUCUCCUUCUCUGAUUCUGAAAUCGAUCACUUAUAGUUUUCUAAGAAAUCGGAACAAGUAUCACGCCUUAAAGCACAAUUUGAAGAUACGAAAUUAUCAACCUCCAAUUAUUUCAACUAGUUUUGUUGAGUCGCAGAACUUGUUACUAACCAAACACGCAAAUAAGCAAACAGAACAACAAAAGAGCAGAGCUCCGUGAAAGGACGCUAAGUGAGAGAAGUGUGAAAAGUCAAAGUGCUCGGAGACGCGGCAACAAUGAAAAUGUAGAGACACGUCGAUUCUAGACUGGUCCAACAGAAGUUCGACCACAUCAUUAGACGAGGCUGACCGUCUUUGUAAUGUGGUUUCCUUUGAGGGUAAGGCGACGAAACGAGAGAGCACUCGAUAGCCAGCCGAGCGGAAAUGCAUAAACGACCAACAGACGGGACAGGACUGGCCUUUUCCACAUUCUCUGUCGUGUCGACAAGGUACAAGACUACAACGUCUUUCUCUCCUCAAUCUUUCUGUGUAUCAGUAGCCCAACAUCAAUAGACAACGGGGCAACCAAUUCUCUAUUAAACGAAGGGUCCGGAAAAGUCUGUUGGAAAAACUGACGUCUCUACUGAACGACGCUACCGAUCAAAAGAAAUCUCGCUUUGGAUACUGAACGCUGGUCAUUUCCUGGAAAUUACUUUCCGUUCCUUUCACUUCCGGUCUCUGUCUUUCUUGAUUCUCGUGAUACAAAACGGUCUUGACGUAUUUAAAUUGUUUCACGAUCCUCUUGAUGCCGAAGAGAGAUCAUUGCGGGUACGGCUGCGUAGAAUGAAGAAAAGUUACAGAUAUUUGGUUAUGACCUACCGAACCCCCUUGCAUGACUAAAUUAAUAUCAUUAGCGACAUUUUACAGAUUACAAGUUGCAUGUGUUUGUAGUAGCGUUUGAACUAUAGCAAUGUUUUCGGCGAUAAAUCGAAUGGAAUUUUUUAAGUUUCAAAUUAUCUUAUUUACUGUGAAAUUGUACGAUUGUAGAAUCAAGGUCUAUGAUCUUCAAUUGUUAGAAUUUAUAACUUGCCAAUUUAUUAAUAUCAUUGACAGAUACAUUUUUUUUUAUUUCGGCUUUAUGUCGCAUUGGCACCUGAGUCAUUAGCGACCAUCUCGUCUCGUUAUCCUUAAAUUAGAUUUCGUGGUAGAACUCAGUUUCUUUGGGGUAAUUUAGAAUGUCUGUGAUGUGGUCCUUUGAUAUCAAGGCGAAGUUUGCAUUCAAUUUGUACUCGAGUCGUUGGGUUCUAUAUUUUCGACAUUCAUAUAGCAGGUGCCUGAUGGAUAUUAUCUGAUUGCAAGUUGAAGGUUCUGCUUAAUUGAUAAACUAUCGUACAAGCAGAUUCUAAUUCAUGAAUUCUCAGACACAUUUCCAGCGCUAGAUAAUUAAAUGUUAAGUUAAAAGUUAGAUAAUUCAAAAGGUACAGUUAAAGCAAGUUCUCGCGAAAAGAAAUACACGUGUUCAAAGAUUAAUACUUACGCUUAGGAUUAAUACUUAACUAUAGGUAUCUGGACACUCUAAUAUUAAUUACUUCGUAUUUUUUAGUUCCAUUUUCUCGAAAGCGUAUUGCUUCUUUUCGACAAUCUUAUUCUAUAUUUUUUAUUUACCAUUUAUUAUUAAAAAGUGCAGAAGAUUAAUGGCUAUGCACUAAGAACGCAAGCGUUAGGUUUCCAACGAUGCUCUUAUUACAUGAAAAAUCAAUAUGUAUAGGCGUCGUUACAUUUUUUAUACGUAAAAUAAAACCUGUAAUAUCCGGUGUCUCCUUAAAUUUAGUCUCCUUAAAUUUCUCAAGAAUUAAUUCGCUAUCCACGAAACUGCAAAAGCAACGGUAACCAGACCAUUUAGCCUAUGUGGUGGUUUAAUCAAAAUCACGAUCGAAAGGAGCAUAAUUACCGGAGUACGCUUGGUGGCGGGUCGAAAGAGACAGAGAAGGGAAGAAAAGAACUAGAAGAAGGUGGGGUGGUUAGGGUAGAACGGCGGUUGGAUUCAAGCAUCGAAGAAAUCCGCAUUCACGUAAAGGAGGAUCAGCCGUGGAAAAGCAUCUUACACCGAGUCUACGAUAUCUAAUUCCCGAGAGUUCUUUGAUAUAGGUAUAUAUGCCCACACCGGUUCGUUCUGUCGCAGCGAGAGAGUCUAUACAAAGGGAGAAAUAAAUAUCACGGUAAUCUCAGAUCCGCUAUGUGGGACACACUGGAGAUCUUCGACGUCCUCGUCAUCCGUGUACCCAGCUACAAGUUCAUUGGGAACGCUUGCUAUUUAACGUAGGCCUGUAUGUAUGCGUACCCUGCCAAUGAAUAUGAGAAUUUUACCCGGUUUAUGUAUUAUGUAUUAUCUAUUGUUUUGAAUAAUUAUCAGAUAAAUUCAUUGUGAUAGAUAAAUUCAGAAGAAUACAUGUACAUUUAAAAGUAGAACAUUUUUGUGACUAUUAUUAUUUACGUGUAUUGUGCAACACUCUCUGAAAUUUAAUUACAUUAUAUCGAUAAAAAUUA